UGUUUAUUUUCUUACUACAUUUCCAAAUGAUUAAAUAUAAAUCAUGUACUAAUCUAAUUUUUAUCUUUAAGCCCAUUUAAUGUGAUUCUUCGACCGAAUGAUGGCAAAAUUUAAUAAUUCACUAGGUAUAAAGGUAUUUUCAGACCAAAUUAAAUUUUCUGAAAUUCCAUCUGAUCUCUUAAGGCAUUUGAACCUGAAAAAUCACAAGAAGUUAUCUAAUUACGAGGAAAAUGAGCCUGAUCUAUCUCUGGAUUCUGUUUAUAAUGACUUUUCACUCAGAUUACCAUUAAAUCACUUGCUAAGGAACCAGGGAUUGAAAUACGACACCUUAGUUGGGGUAAACAUAAGAUCAUUUAGACAUAAUCCCAACGAAGAUAAUAAUUUCAAGGCUUACAAAUUGUUCGGAACUGAUUUCAACUUGGUUUAUUUGAACCCAAACUCGAGUCCAGAAUUCCAAAAUUCAAAUGAUCCCAGUUACUAUCACUUGUUCUUAUCAUUACUUAGUUCCGUGAACUCUGUUUUAGUGGAUCCGAGUGAUUCUAAUUUGAAUGAUCUAAAAAUCUCAUGUGACAAUUUCGAUAGUUGCUUGUUUUCAAGAGAAGCUAGUAACUACAUUUCUGACAUUUUGAAACAUUACCAAAGGAUUGGAGCUGUAGAAUUAAGCCGAGAUUACCAAAUGAACCAUGAAAAUGUUCAAGGAGUUUCUUUACUGGACAGUAGCAAAUUGGUUAGAGCAGGGUCCUCAAAGUCCGACAUAGGGUUUUCAUUUUCCCCUUCUGGCUUUUUGAUGCCCUACCAUUUGGGGAUUCUGAGUCAUCUGUGUGAUUAUAAUAUCAUAAACUGCACAGUUCCACUAUCAGGAGCUUCUUCAGGCUCACUUUCAAUCUGUUAUAGUGUUGUUAUGAAUUCCUUUACAAAUUGCAUGAAAACUAUUGAAUCAGCGACAUCUAGAUUGAGGCAAAAUGAUGUGAACGAUGUAAAUUCUGUAAAGGGUGAACACCUGGAUACUAUCUUGAAGGAUGUUUUGUAUGAAAGUUUGGUUGAGGGCAGCAACGAGUUUAUAAAUUCUAGAAUUGGAAAGAUAACAGUGGCAUAUUCGAUAAUUAAGCAUCUAAGAUUCAGGGCCAAACAAUGUAGUAAUUUCACCAGUGUUUCCGAUUUAGUUGACUGCUUAAGAGCCAGUUCAUAUAUCCCAAUGUACUCAUCUAAAAAGCCAAUGAUUUACAAAGGAAAUCACUGCUAUGAUGGGCAGCUUGGUCUGUCUAAAUCCUUGGGAUGCCCAGAUACAGACUCAAGAAGAACAAUACGAGUAAAUCCCUACCAAUUCACCAGUAGUUCGAUAUCUAACCAGAACCUCCUUAACGAGUUCAUCACCCCCCAUUUAACUGGAAGGGAUGAAUUUCUAAUGUACUAUAUACGCUUAAAAUCCCUAAUAUAUCAGCUUUGUUUGAGAGAGAUCGCUUUAGAAAAUUUAAAUAUGGCCACGGAAUUCCCAAAAGAACUUACACACUGCAUCAAUUUGUACCAUAAUAUAUCGCCACGAUCACCCAGUAAAAUAAAUAUUAUUAAAAAUUUCAACAAGAACUACAAAAACACUAGAGAUUACACUAACUUAUUGGCACUCUGGAACUCUGAAAAGCUGUUAGACCUAUUCGUCUUGGUUGUUAUGUUUGAAAAAAUACUGCAAGUUGAUAAAUAUAAUGCUAAAAAAUAUCAGCUGGACUCAGUUUCGGAUAUUUUAAAAAAGUUUGGUACAAACAACCUUUUUAAAAAAUCGAUACAGACUUCAUCAAUGACGUUACUAACCUAUUUAUAUCUGAAGAUUUCCAGAUAUUCCCUUUCAACGCCUAUUCCACAGAUCCCAGACAGUUUAUACCCAAUUAUUAAUAGGAAUGUUGAUGACAACAACCCCAAUAAGGAAAAGAUAAAUAUUUUGAAGAACCUUUUACUCUUCAUCACUCCACCCUUCACGUUACACUACUCUUAUUGCGAUUCAAAUGAGUUACUUCGUAACGCUUUGUCACGGAGGAAACUAUUUGGUAUUUCUUUACAUUCUUCCGACGAAUUCCAAUUAAGAUUCUUUUAUGAUUUAGGGAAAACGGACUCUUUUCGCUGGGUGAUUCAGGAGUACAUUAAGUUUGAAAAUUAUGUUUAUUUAAAAAUUUUGCAAUUGAUAAUUUCAGACUCUCCUGAUAACAAUAAUUCUAGCGGUGGUUCAAAAGAGUUUAAAGUGGACGAUGACAAUUCUUCGGAACCAUUGCAUGAGAUACAAAUGAAAUUGGUCAGCGACACAUUGAGCAUGGUUGACAGCUUGGGUUUGGAGACUCAGCUCGUCACUGAUUCUGUACAUUAUAAAUUUUUCAAAAAGUUGAAUUUUUCAAUUCGAAAUUCCAUCUUGUCAAACUGUAUUGACCCUCACUUUUCACACAUUUUUACACAUUCUCACUUUUGGAAUUUUAACAAACAUUUUAAAAUUUGACUUUUA